GGUGUAAUAAGUUUUCAAAAUGGAGUCUGAAUGUGAAGAGAGUUAUAAACUGAGAGUUGUCAUCGAGUUCCAACAGCUGAGGGUGAUAAUGUGGGGUAUAUUCAUAAACGUCUAAAAAGUGUUUACGGACAGAAGCACAGUUGGAUGCUGGGUGAAACGUGUGAGAGGGAACACCACAGCGGCCGCCGUACUUGGCUUUGACAAGAGACAGUGUGUAACGUGCUGAUGACAUUCAGAAGGAUCGACAUUUUACCUACAGGUGUUGUCACUGCAGCACGAAAUCAGUGAAGGGCGUGUGUCCAGAUGAAGGAUAUUGCUGCUGAGUUGCUGGCUCGAUAUGAGACGUAUGGGGAUUGCUUCCUUUCACUAAUUUUGACCUUGAGGCAGAAACGAAAUGGCAAUGCAUGGAGUGGCAUCACAUGACUUCGCCACGAAAGAAAUGAUGGCAACUGUCUUCUGGGACAUGAAACGGGUGAUUUUCUGGAGAAAGGUACAAGGAAAACAAAUGCAUGUACUAUGUAAUCCAAACAUUUACUGACCCAGGAGGUGAGAAAGCAAGCUACAAAGUACUGCCACCAGAUGUCCACAUGCAGUUGGGAACAUAAAGCCGGUGGUGAACCGGUUGGACAGGCAGAACUGGCUGUUGUGACAGCCAUCGCAGAGACAGUUCGAUGUGGAAUGAUAUUAUGCAGUAUCUGGUGUUGCAGCACACAGGCUGAACCUGUUUUGCUAUUUUCCUCGAGUAGAGGAAUGUGUAUCCAACAUCUGUGGAGUAGUUCAGCCCGAGCAUUACGCAGGUGGAGACGUGUCCCAGAUGUUGGAGUCGGGAGGAGCGUUUCCAGUUGAUGAAACGAGAUUGUACCUGGCAGAAAUCAUCGACGCUGUGGAGUAUCUGCAUAAGGAAGUGGACUUGGUCGAGUGUCGGCAUAAUGGCAUUUGAAAUGAUGACAGGCCACAAGCCAUUUAAAUAUAACGAAUAUGUAAAUGAAGGAGAACUCUGUCGUCAGAAGAAGCAUAGACCUGCAAAGUCUAGAUUAACAGAAAAAUAAUUUUGAGUACAAUGGGUACUGUGCAAGAACAAGAACAUUCAGCUGAUGAUGACAUUCAAUAUCACGAUAUGGAACACGAUUCUGAACUGGAUAUUUCUCAUAAUCCGUCUCCAGUUGACCAAGGAAACAACCCCUCUGACUCUGUUGAUAGAGGACACGCAUCAAAAUCUUCUGGAAAGAGACAAAAGGGGAAUUUGAAAGGAAUGAAGCAGAGGAAUACUAACAAGGAAGGGUACUUGCACUUAAUCUUCAUCAUCAUAGUGUUAAUAGGAACAUUUGGGAAGACAGACAAAAUGACAUAUUGGUGCAAAAAACUUCUAGAUGAUUUGUUUGUGGAAACUAACUUUCAAGUUGGUGUUGAAGAAAGAAACUUCAAAAACAUAUCACACAUAAGUCAUUUCUGGAAGUUUGCAGAGACUGUAAUGAUUGACAGUUUAUACGGGAACCUUCAAGAUGAUACGCAUCAAACAGUUGGAUAUAUGUUGGAAGAUUACAAGCUGAUUGGAGCACCACGCCUACGACAGGUAAAAGUGAGAAAUGAUUCAUGCAUAAUAAAUGAAGCAUUCAAACGAUUAUUCUCAGAAUGUUAUGACGUAUAUUCAUCUGCAAAUGAAGAUAAGGGACAAUUUGGACCAGGAAUCGGAACAGCCUGGACUUAUUCCACUGAAGAAGAACUGCAUGGUUCCAGUUACUGGGGAAGAUUUUCAACGUAUGGUGGUGGAGGAUAUUAUGAAGACCUGUCACUCGAUCGUAUUGAAACAAUUGAGAAAUUGCUUACCUUGAAGAUUAAUCAGUGGGUUACAAGAGGAACUCGUGCCAUUUUCCUUGACUUUAUUGUCUAUAAUGCAAAUAUCGAUGCAAUCUUAACUUUGACGUAAGUUCUCACGUUCAGUUUCUUACCUUAACACAGAUAUUUAUAUUUCUUUGUAAUGUACUUUGCCAUCCGGAGAGUCCAGGAGAAUCAGGUAGGGCAUGUCACACCAACUUUACUCCCUCCUGGACCCACUUCUUCCAUGAGCCAAGUUAAAUGACACAGACAGUGCAAAUGGUAAUUAUGUUAAUUUGAGUGAGAGGUAUUGUAAGGUAUUGUAGAUGCGU